AUGUCCAUGUCAAAGUUUCUUUCAAAAUCUGCUAUCCGGGCAGCAUCUACCUCGGCCCAAACAACCAAGGCCGCUGGCGAUAUCUCAUCGGUCUUUCCCAGCUUGAGACCUGACUAUAAGCCUGAACCUCUUCCUGCUCGGUUUCAGGAAUUGAAGGCUUCCAUCUUUGAGAAGAACAAAGAUGCCUUGACAAGGAGCUGGGAGCGACUGCUCCCUAGCUUGGAUCAAGAAGUACAAAAGAUCAAAGCUCUAGGUAGCGAUAUCAUUCCCUCAAUUGAGUAUUCCGAUGUGGUAUCUGGUAAGGUCUCCGAAGCGGCUUUAAAGGAGAUCCGUCAUCGUGGCAGUGUGGUUGUACGCAAUGUGAUCAACCAAGACCAAGCCCUAGAAUACAAGCAGCGGAUCCGCGACUAUGUGGCCGCCAACAAGGAGCGCGUGAAGGCUUUCCCGGCUGAUUCUCCAGCUGUAUAUGAACUCUACUGGACUCCAUCACAGGCAGAAGCCCGUGGCCACGAGAACAUGCUUACCACCCAGCGCUUCAUGCAGCAGUUGUGGCAUUCAUCAGACCCCAACAGCAAGAUCUCAACUUCACACCCACUUACCUACGGAGACCGCUUGCGUAUUCGCGAUCCCGGUGAUUCAAAGUUCACUCUUGGUCCCCACGUUGAUGGCGGUUCUCUGGAGCGCUGGGAGGAUCCCGAGUACGCCCGAGUCUACACUAAAAUCCUGGAGGGUAAAUGGGAGCAAUACGAUGCAUGGGAUGCACGACACCGCUUGACAGCCAACAUGGAUCUCUACAAUGGCGCUGGAGCCUGUUCUAUGUUGCGCUUUUUCCAGGCUUGGCUCUCUAUGUCCCACACAAAACCCGGUGAAGGCUCCCUGCACGUUUGUCCUAUGAUCAACCAUAGCACGGCGUACACCAUCCUGCGCCCCUUCUUCGAGACUGAGGGGUCAAAACCUCUCUUGGACGCCAGCUUCCCAGGUUCCGUACCUGGCGCUUGUCAAGAGUACAAUCCUGUUACACACCCGCAUCUUGACCUUGAGACGACGAUGGUCUCGGUGCCGGAAGUUGCUCCUGGUGACUUUGUCGCGUGGCACUGUGAUGCUCUGCAUUCUGUGGAUAAGGAACACCGCGGUAAACAGGACUCCAGUGUCCUGUACAUUCCUGCUACCCCGCUGUGCGACAUGAACGUCAACUACCUUAUCAAACAGCGCCAAGCUGCGGAGAGCGGUUCGCCCCCUUGGGAUUUCCCCGGUGCGGGUGGGCCAGGUGAAUCGGGAUUCAAGGGUGCUAUGGAUUGGUCUUCGCUGAGCCCGGAAGGUCAGCGUGCUAUGGGUAUGGGUAACACACCCUGGGAGAUCACCGAUGGCAUGAGCGAGGGUGAAAAAGAAGCUAUUCGGUCGGCUAACAAGGCUUGCUUCGGGGUGUAA